AGCAGGUGGCGAGCUCACAAAAGGAGGAUCUUCCCUGCUGCCUCACUUUUGCCUGUCCUGUGUGCUUGUUGUGCUGGUUUAGCAUUAGACAGUUUGGACAUUCCCGAUGCUUCCUGGACAUCAUUUAAGACUGGCACUGGUUUCUUUGUUUUUCCUUCUGGGGAAAUGUAAUGCUGCACCGCCACUAAUAGCCCGAAGCAUAAAAUACACCACUGAAGGUAAAAAUCUCACAGAAGAGCUGAAAAACGUGGAGAAUUUCCACAAUGUCUACCCAUCCAGCCACCACUACUCUGUGCCUGUCAACACAGAUGUUAACUCUUCUGAGAGAUCUACACCCAAAGCUUUGUCUGCAAAUAGCAGUACUGUUUCCAUUUGGAAUAACAAUACCUUUAAUGGAUAUAUCACCUCCCAUGUCUACAGUACUUCAUCAAAUGGACGUGUAUUAAGUUUAGUCAGUCCUUACCCAGACUCCAGUGGUAUGCUACCUUCAAGAAGUGCUAACCGGAUGAACUUUGUGAGUGUUAAUAGCAAUUACAAAACACAUAGACUCAGUCCAGUUGACACUGGUCGUAUUGAGGGUCCAUACAAUUUAAACCAGCACCAGUACAAGGGGCAUGUGACUGAUGGAACUCCACUGCAUCACCACCAGACUGAUGAUCAACGUGGUGGAAGAACAAGAGAUUUAUUUAAACGUACUAUAAAAAUAAAUGAGAAUAUUUCUAUCGUAAGGGGUAUCGGGCAGCAUAUCAUACCAACACAAAAUGUGUCCUCAUCAGAGUUAAAGUUAGUCCUCAGCAAUUCAUCUGAGCAUUUGAAUAUUAUGAAUCUGUCAAGUAAGUUUGUUCGUCAGCACCAUCUUCAAAUGGCACAAAGACCAUAUAUUCAAGAGUCUUGGAAACCAUAUACAGAUCCUGUUCAGGCCAUAAAAGGGCCCCAGUCAGUCUCCUUUAGGUCUAAACCGGGAGAACAAACAUCAUCUGAGAGGGACACAACCCGAAGUGGAGACCAGACAGUUAAUUAUAAGGCUACAAAUAUCAUAAGAGUUAAGACAAGCCAUGCAUUCAAGGGCUAUCAUUCACCUGGGACCACCAAGACAAAUAGUCAGGAUCACAUUCAAGACAUAAGCAGAAGUCGUCAGCUUGGCCCUUUUGCUACACAUUUGCCCACCCCAAACUCUGUGACAAGCAAUGGAUUAUUUUCUUCUCAACGCUUACCAUCACCUGGCAUUAACCGCGUCCAGGCCCAGCAUAGCCAAAGAAAGCCUAGUGCAACAAUCUAUGCCACUCCAGCUCCCCAACUGGUGUGGAGGUCCCCUUAUAGAUUGAAAAGUGAAGGCGAUGACGCAAAGUUUGACAGCCCUCCAAUGACUCUCAGUCCUUCAAAUUACAUAAGCCAUCCAAGUUUCAGAAGAUUUGGUGGUCUUCAUACUAUCUCUGCCACUUCAAGAACAGGAACAGUACAGUGGCUGGUCAUAAAGCCUAAACCUGCUUCCAACAGUGCAAGGGAUACUGUCCACCACAGAGCACAUCUUUCCACUGAUAUUCAUAAAAUUUCUGCUAAACAAAGUGUAUCGAAGAGCAUUCCUGAGAACCAAAGUCAACCACAUUAUACAGGUUUAAAAAAUGCCCAUGCUGCCAGAGACUUCACCAUGAGUUCUAAAGACCUUUAUCACCCACAAACAUUACAUGAUCAACAGGCAUGGGAAUAUGGUGAACCAAAGGACAAAAUGGCUUUAAUUGGAAUCCAUGCAGGGCAAGACCAGUCAGAAAGAUCUCAUGGAUGGACAGCAAAUGCAAAUGUUUCUGUUUCAAAUACUGAAGUCCCUUCCAUAGGUAGACUGGCUGAACGUGUCUAUGACUUUGACCAUUCGAAAAGUACUAUGAAGAAUUACUUGUCCAUAAAGUCCAGCCAGAUUUCCAAAACGAUUGCAUCUGAUGCUGGAAAAACACCUAGUCAAGAUCUGAGUGCAGCCUCAAAAGGUGACGCCAGGUAUGAGUCCACUUCAAUGUAUAGCCAAGUAAAUGCAUCACCAAACAGAGAUGCUACAGGUGGUGACCAGGCUGUAGAUGGAUUGUGGAAUCACUACAGCCAAUUUGGGUCUAUUCAAAAUCAUCUGUCCAAUGUUUUUGCAAGUGAUACAGAAAUGCAAUAUAGUAAACCUGCCCAAACUCGGAUGUUCUCCUCAAAGGUAUCUCCUGAAAGUGUGCUCACUAUUAAAGGUGCCUACUCAUCUGACGGCAAUAUCCACUCUGCUCACGAAUCCACAAGUCAUAGUGGGACCCUUUCUCACAGUUUUAGACCACAAAAUGCCACAGAAGACAAGGGUAGCGAUUCCUUCCUAGAAUUCUUUCCUGCAAGUCCUGAGCCUGUUACACCCCAAAAUGAGAUUAGACACAUUCAAGAAAAGAUCAACAACAUUCAGCGAGCUCCAAACGAGCUUUUUAAUUCAAGUCAAGAUGAAGUGAAGGCAGCAGAGGAACAUCAAAUGGAGAAUGUUAAACAUGCUAAAACCGUCCAACAGUACAGCAGUCUUUUUAAUAUCAAGCACAGUUCAAGUCCAACAAGUAGUGUUGUGAUUCUUAAACGUAUUAAAGUCCACCCUACAGACAAAAGGAAAGACCCAGAGACUCAGUACAGGUCUGAGAAUGCACGAUCUCCGGCAUUAAUAUACAGAUCUCCCAUUAUUCGCAAAAAAUCUAAAAGCAAACCAUUAAACGGCUUGGUGGACCCCUCAGAGGAUUUUACAACAUCUGAAAAUCAUGGGAGGUUAAAUCAGAACAUUGAGAUAGGGGCCCAAACUGAAAAUUUACCAGCAAAAUUUGAAGUGGAGCCCAGCUAUGCUACAGGGAUCUUGAGAAAUGUAAAUGUGCCUGCCCAAACUACAGGUACCAUACAGCACUUCAGUUCUCCUCUGAGACGACUAAACCAAAACUUGAAAUCAAUUCAGUUUUUAGAUGUUGCAGGUAGUGCCACCUUCAGUGUUUAUGGGCCAAGUAUUAAAGGAAAUCCAAGGUAGAGAUGUCCAGCCUGCCAAUAAUAAAGAUUCUGAAGUCACAUACCCUUAGGAGAUGACUGGAGACAAAAUGCUAUGGAACCCUCACCUACUAAUAUUCAUUUUCUUCAUUAAAUGAGGAUGUUGAGUCUCCUCAAAAAGCUGAACUAUCUUUAGAUUCUUUUGCAGUCAAGAUUUACCAAAACCAGGAAGGCCACUCUGUGUUUGUAUGCCUUGGCAUACAAGUGUAAUCAAAUUCAGAGCUGAUUACAUCUAAAUGCAGGGCAAACUGUCAGAGGAACUGGAUCUGAAAUGGAAUCCAUUGCACCAUGAAGAGUUUCUCUGUUAUGGUGUCCUACAACUGUGCUGAACUACAAUAAAGUAAAGAUCACAGAAA